UCUCCUCAUUUAUAAUUUUGUACUGUACUUACUUUUUUGACAAAUAAACAUUAAUGGCUGCCAAUUUCGUAUGAAGAAGCAGCAGCAGUGAAUUUUUCGCUCCAAUUUGCAAAAAGUUAGAGAAAACUAUUUUAGAAAAUCGAGUAAGAGUUAAAAAACAAUUUGCAAAAAGGCAGCGUGGAUAAUAUUCGUGCAGGAUGUGGCCGCAGGCGUUGCAAAUGUCUAGAGAUGAGUGUCGAGGGAUUUUGAGAAGACUUGAGCUGGAAUCUUAUUCUCAUGUGAUAAGUGUAUUUCGCGCUCAGGGUGGCCUCAGCGACAACAAGGCCAAACUUCUUGAGGAGUUGCGUGGCAUAUUUCACAUCUCGCAAGAGCGUCAUCGAGCUGAAGCGCGUCGUGUUGCAAACGAUGAACAAUUGUGUACCAUAGCUGAAGCUAUAUCGGGUCCAAAUACAUGGCAAGAGUGGUCGCGUGAAGGAAGACGAUCGUAUCCGAUGCUACCGCGUGUGGCCCCACAAACAGCGCUCGCAUUAAUUGCUAAUAAUGUGGCAACUGAGACAAUUUCUGAAAAUGCUAAAUUACCCUAUCCCGCUGAUACGGCAGCAGCAGUCGUUGCUGAACGAGCUAAUACCAUCAAUACAAUAAUGGGAAAAGAAGAAUUGGAAUCUUGGGAAAUCAAGCGCGAGGUUUAUGUCGUCACAGACGAUCCUUUCAAAAUGCCUGAUAUUCCUGCUGCCAAUAAGAAAAAUCUUAAACGUAACAUAUCCGACAGUCAAGCCGGCAGCAAUAAAAAGCGUAUUAUCAGUGAUACUUCACCCAGCAAACAACAGUACCAAAAGCAGUUCCAUCACAUAACUGCUAAUAGUGCCCAAGCUACGUCACCCAUCAGUGGUAACAGUAACAUACGUAAAUUAUAUCACAAUCACAACAGCAAAGCUGCACAGCAACGUUUAAAUCAAACACCAUUACAAAAACAAAAACUGGCAACGAAAAAAUCACAAAUGGCUACAGGUGUAAACCCCAUAUUACCUGUUACACCUGGUAAGCGACAGGCGACGCCAGCCAAAAGUGGCCGCAAAGCGAAUUCCAAACUUCAAGAACAGAAACAACAACAAUCACUUGCUCAACAACAGCAUCAACAACAAAUGCUGGCACAAACAACCGUUCGCAAUAUACAACAUGUUGUCGGUGAGGGGUUGGAUGAAUUCAAUAUGGAUCAGAAUUCCACACAACCGCAGAUUGCCGCUUCAAAGAAGGACAUAACCAAGAAUCUAACCAAAUUGCAAUUGCCUAGCGUGAUUACAACACCACCAACAACAGGAGCAUCAUCAGUGUCACCAAAUGUGAUAGCACCGGCAAUACCAUCCAACAGCCCAUUAAUGGUAAAUGCUUUGUCUACACGAAUCGAUACCCAUCAGUUGCCAACUGCCUUAUCACCAACUGUUGGCAGUGCUGGAGUACAUAGCAAAGUGGAAAAAAUGAUUUCAACGCCAGUACAGAAAAUUAUACUUGAAGACCGUCUUCCGCCACAGCAAUUAGCAGGUUCGGUUGUCACAACUUCAACAACAGCAAUGGCAUCAGCGGUCGUGGUAUCAACGGCAUCCACGUUCCAAUUGCAAUCUACAUCCACACCACAGAUAAUGACAUUACCACAAUUAUCAGCGGCUGCCACAAAAUUACGCGCAGUAAAUACUACAAUUUUGCCACCAGGUACUAAACUCACUACAAAAAAGUUGUCCGGCUCUACAUUGAUUAGUGCGCUUGGCACAGAUAAUAACGCUGCACUCACCGGCAGUACUAAUAACAGUGGCUCACAAGUGUUCAGCAUCAUUGAAGGUAACAAUAGUUCGAGUAAUGCACAAGCGACGCCUUCUCUGCCGACGCACACGCCACCAGCAAUCAUACAAAUUCAAAAUACAAACAACACUAAUGUAUCUACGGAAGGCACUGCAACACUGCAAUCAUCACAACAGCCGGCGCAAGGCAAGGUGUUAACAACGAAAUUGUUACCGAUUGUGUUGAGUGGCGCCGGUGUUGCUAGUGGUGGUAGUGGCGGUGGCAGUAGCAGUAGUUCCGGUAACACUGUUAAUAUUACGAAAAUCGAAACUAUCAAUAAUGGUGCUACACUCGUAAGUGGCGGCAGUGGAAGCAGUGGUCUUAGUGGGAAUAAUCUGAAUGCUUCGUUGGGCGGCACAACAGCAAUGCUAAAAACUAUGGGGUCGACAUUAUUGCUAUCACCAAAUCAGAGUGGCACAGCCGCUGGCAGUGCGCUAUUUUCAACACUAACAUCCGGCGCUCCGGUGUUCCGCAAGUCGCAGAUCAUUAAAACGGGCACAAUUGGCGUGAAUGCAAGCAGCGCAAGCAAGCUUUCUGGCACCUUUAGUACUUCCAAUUCGGGCCCCCAAAUUAUCAGCAAUAUUAAAUUGACACCAGCGAAUACCACUACAAGCGUAACUGCGGUCAGUCAUUCGAAUCAACAGGCACAACAACAAUCAACUUCAGCUUCACCAUUCUUACAACAUCAGCUAAAGAAUAUCUCAACCACUGGUAUUCGUACCAGCGUAAAAAUAUGCCAAUCACCAAAUGGCAAAGUGUUCAUACAACCAGCCAAUAUAGACAACGCAUCGAAAGCAAAACUACAAGGUGCAUUAUCACACAAAAUCUUGCCCAACGCGGUGGUCAGUAGUAAUGCCACGGGUGCUGGUACAACCGGCACACACCAGCCGCAACGCAUCGCCAUACAGAAAGUGCAAAUAAUCCCAGCGCCAUUAAAUUCGCCCGGCAAUUUGACGGGCACCUUUCACACGGCUACUUCACAAUCCCAAUCACAGACGAAGCCCACUAUUACAACAAACACGCUAACAUUGGGCGGCAAUAAGGGUAAUAUGAAUAUGGUUUUCGUGCCGUCGGUUGGUGCACGCACCACCUCUGGAACAAUAACACUAUCGAAGCCUGCAAGUGUUGGUAGUAGUAUUGUUGCAGCUGCUAAAGUACAGAAUACUCAAAACACCGAGACCGUCAAACCCAAUGUCGUGAUAAUUGGUUCGUCGUCAGCACAAAGCAGCACAAAUACGCCAAUUAAGACGACCACUUUCAUCGAUGGCAGCAACAAGUACAACGUGACCUCUAGAACAGCCAGUGCAGUGCAGUUGGAAGCAAAUCAAAUGAUUACCGAAGAUACGCCAGUGGAUAUACUCAAUAUGCCGAUAAUAGUGGAAAGUGGUGAUGGCACGAAUAUCACGAUGGGUAAUAAUAUUGGCGAUACAGUAACGGUAUUGCCAACAACGCUAGUAGAAAGUACACAACAGCAGCAGCACCAACAACGAGAGCAACAAGGCCAACAACAACAACAGCAACCGUCCACAAUAAUUUUGGGUGCUACCGAUUGGGAAAUGGAAUUGGAUCAAGCAACAGCCGUCGCCGCAGCAACUAAAGCCGCAGCACGCACAGAAUUUCGGCGACAGUCCGGAGGUCAGGUUGGUGGCAAACAGCAGCAAGACAAGGAAACGAUUGAUGGUGAGGCCAUAAUUAUCGAUGACAGUUUUGAAGAUGUAAUUGUGGAGGAGCAGGAAGAGGGCGACACUGACGCCGGCACUGAGACUGAGGGCACUGUUGACGGUGAAAUGGACGAGAAUGAAAUGACGGACGAUACGGGCGGCGAAGAGGGCCAAGAGAUGACAGAACGGGCAUACACAAUCUAUAGCGGCACCGAAAGUGGUAGUGGCGGUGAGAUAUCGCCCGCCAAAACGCGUGAUGCGCCGAAGCUGAAGGUGGGACGAUUGCAGAAAACAUAUAAUAACGCCAGCGCUUACGUCAACGAUGAAGAUGAGCCAAUCGAAGUGAUUGACGAUGAUGAGGAGAAUACGACUGUGGCUGUUAGCCAGAAAAAAUCUGCCCAAAAAGCGGAAAGUGAAACUGUAAAAUUGGAGAGAACAGUGAAUGCAGUCAAUGUGAACAACGAAAGAGAAAACAACAUAUCCGCCGCAGUUGAAUGUGAAACAGAUGCUGGAUUUGAUGAGACUAUCGUUGCCGAUAUUGAUGAAAACACCGCAAUUGAAUAUAUAGAAGAGGAUAACAACAUGCAUGCUAGCAAUGACAAAACUGAGGUAAACAACUUAAACGCCACACCAGCAAAAUCCACAAAAAGUCAAAUAGCGGACAGUGAAAUUAUCGUGCUGGACGACAAUGACAGCGCAACACUAACGACCACAGCAACAGCAACGCUGGCUGCUACGUCGUCGGCGAUGACACUUGGCGAAGCCGCCGAGGAUACAGUCGUGCUGGAGUGCAACCCAAACAAAAUGGUUGGCGGCAAUACAGCAACCAAAAUAAAUGUUGCCACGCUCAAUGACUGAACUGGCCAGCUAUAAACAUGGUUAAAGCUUCAUGGCACUGCAUACAGAUUUCCGAUUUUGCUAGAGGGUGGGUUGGUAAACCAGCUUUUUUAACAACGAUUUCUCCAGCUGGAAUAUUGAGCAAUAGCAAUAGAUAGUGGGGGCGCAACAAAGAGUAGAGUGUUGAGUGAUUUGCAAUGGUGUACAAAAAAGGUUAGGUUGAAUUAAUUAUUUAUAGCAAUGGUAAUAUAGACACUUGGUUUGCAAAACAUUUUUAGUGUAAAAUGUAAAGUUAGCCAAAACGCAAACGUAAAAAUAUACGCGUUGAGGAUUCGACGAGACAAGCGCAUGUUAGCAGUUGAAAUGUAAUUAAAAUAUAAUUUUUUGUUUAAUAAUGAACAAAAGUUUUAGAAAAAGUUUGUGAAGGCUGUAAGUAGUAGAAAUGUAUUAGCAAUAUAUUUUCUAGAAUACUACUACUGACUCAAGUAGGUUGGACUAUAGUUUAAACUUAAUUUACAGUUAUUCAAUAUUUUCUUUAAUUAUUAAUUUUUUUUUUUUUUGUUUUUAUUUUUUUGUAAAGUUUUACCAUAAGAAUUUAACGUAUCUUAAGUACUCACAUGUUUUUUUAUGAGCACCCACGACGGAGAGGUAAUGCAAUUGAAUGCACCAUAUAUAGUACUAGCGCUAAGUACCAGUGGGAUAAUUAAUAAAAUAGAAGUAAAAAUUUCCAAAAUUUUCUGCUAAGUUGUAAAUAGUAGUUAGUAACUUAGUUGUACUGCAAUACAAGCAAAGAAGUGGACACAAAUUGGCGAAAACAGCCACAAACUGCAACCACGGUAAAUUUCUCAAAUCGAGGGUCGCGUUAAGUGCUGGUGUGCAUAUUUGUAUAUAAAUAUUAAUAUUUAAUGUUAGGCAGUUUGUUUUUUGACUGCAAACCUUUUGCAGCUUGUAUAAAAUAAAUACAAUUUUAUGUAAUUAAAACAAAUAUACAUAAAUCAUUUGUUAAUACUAUGUACUACUAAUAAAACAAAUAACACGUUAUAAUUACCCUAACACAUACACAUACAUACAUACGCAUGCACGCAUACAAACAAUUGUUCGUUAUGUGAAGCACACAGCGAGAUUAUAGAUUAGUAGUUGAUAAUUUGUUUACAGUUUUUUUUUUCUAACGCAUAAAUUACUUUAAAACGCAACGCAAGCAAUUUAAUGAACGAUUGUAGAUUUAAAGUAUACGUAAAUAAUGUGGAAUAACACAAGCAAAGUAAAAGUAAAAAAAUGCACAGUGGUACAGAGCAGGCAGAAUGUUUGAGCAACUGUUGCAUUGUUUUCUAAUAAACGAUAUUAUUUAAAAAGUUUUUUUUUCUCAGUUCUUUUACUUAAGUUUAGCUUAGCGACGCGAAAAGCAGUAAAUAAAUGAAAAAUAAAAAUGAAAACAAAAAAAGUUUAAUAAAUUGAAAUUAUAAAUUUUGGUUGUUAGUAGUUUUUUAAAUAGACAGUUAUGCAUACGUAUCGUAUGUUACCCGAACGCAGCUACGAACGCACCUUAGUAUUACUACUAGUUUGUUAUGUUCUUACUCACCUAAAUACUUUUGUAUGGUCAAGUUUUUGAAAAAUUGCAAAUACGCAUAUAUCAUUUACAUAUGCCAUUACUUACCUACACCAUCUAAUAUUUGUAUAUGUUCGAAAUUAAUUUGUGGAUAGCAUGCUCAAAUUAAUUAUACGAAAUUUCUAGAGCAAAACCAGUUAUGCUUGAAUUUUAAUGCUUUCAAUUUUUUUUUAAUUAAAAGGGCAAUACAAAUUUAUUUUGCUUUCAAUGCGUUCUUCUUCUUUCACACUAAGCGGUUAGCAGCUAUUAUUUAAAAGCGCAAAAAACAAAGUUACAUAAUUAAGCUAACGUUUGUAUGUACAGUAAAAUAAAAAUAAAUAUAAAUAUAUUAAAUGAAAUUCAAAAAAAAAAAAA